AUGCCCGAACCCGAACGUGGACGCGGCCGAGGCCGUGGUCGUGGACGUGGUACUCCUGUUCAAGGGCCUGCCAGUGUCCGUGGCCGUGGACGUGGACGUGGACGUGGACGUGGCCGAGGCCGAGGCCGUGGUACUGCCAGUGGGCAAGAGCUUGCAGAUGGUGGACAUGAUGAUGCUGCUAUGACACCUCGCCGCAGCCUAAGGACCAGUCAGCAAAGUAGGCAGCCAGACGACAACAUAGAGGAACUUACGACUAGCGAUCAGCCUCCAGUGACUCUGGAAACCGCAGCUUCUAUCGAUGAUGAUACUACUGGGCCGUCAACACUGAAUGCAGUUGACGAACCACAGGCUACUCUUGACAGCCCUCUUGAAGUACGCCCGGAUCGUCGUCCGGACCGUGCCGGCAAAAAUCAUCGCCCUGGCAUUGCAGCAGGGCUCCGAAAGCGGACACGAGAAGAGAUCACAGAGGAGAGCGAGAGGAAGCGUGCAGCAAAGCGUGCUCAAGAUGAGGAGUAUGAGGCGAUAGCACGUACGCGAGCCUCGCAGGAGGAGAGUGGUGCGACAAAGAUUGCAGCCCUUUUCGACCGCAGUGCGCAGGAAGACGCAGAUGAGGUUGCUGCAGAGAAGGAGCCCGAGGAGGUCGUCGAUGGGCGACUCGGAGCCGGGCAGGACAACGAGUCAGAUGUCGAAUAUCUCAUCGAUGGCGAUGGUGAUGUUGAGAUGACGGAUCAUGUGCCGCCUCAGGCACCAAGGAAGACACCGCGUGAGAAGAGAAAUGAGCGAGCAGCAUCAGUACUCGACAGUAUCAAUACUCACCGGACAUCGUCCUCUGCGCCCUCCUCCCAAUCUCCAGUGGCGAAACGGCCUGUGGCUCCGCCGCCACGACAGAGCUCACCAAGGAAGGUCAGCGGCACCACUGGUGGGCUGGACGCCAACUGGCGUGACAAGGUUGCCGGACUUGCAACGUCAAGCACGAGCAAAACGAAGACGCCAAGAUCGGGCGCCAGCCAGAAGACUGCGGAGGGCGAGCAAUCGUCAGCAGGCAAGCCCAAGAAAGCAAGUAGCACCGCGGGUAACACAAACCGCAGUGCACCUCCAAGUGCAAGUCGCACGCCUACUACGAAACCGCAAUCAAAGAAGGGUGGACGCGCAAGCCGGCAGAACGCGGUGCAGGAGAAGGGUUUGACGGAUAAGGAUGUGGAGUCGCGUAGAGACGAGGUGGUAGGAUUGCCAAAGACGCAGCAGAUGGUUGUGAUUGAAUCUGAGGACGUACCAUCAGGAAAGCAGAAGUCUCGCACCCGUCGCUCUCCAUCUUCGAUUCCGCUGGACAAGUCAAAGUCUGCGGAAAACCUCCCCGAUUCCCUCCGCGAGAUCUGGGACGAGACAGUGCUGCCUACGCUCAAGGAGAAGUACGGGGCGGCGACGAAGCUGUGGGAUAUAGAGCAUGGUGCUCUUGUCUUGCGCAACGAGAUACAGGAGCUCAUUGAUGAGUUGCGUCCGGAUGCCAACUAUGACGUAGUCGCUAGCUCUAAGGAUUUGGUCUAUGAAGUGACCCGUUCCCGCCUGUUCCAUUGGAGAAAGCUCUUCAUUAUCACAGCGAAGAAACUCGUUGAUCCUGUUCUGCGGAGCUUGCCAAACAAUGGCGCGCGCAAACGCUACGUUGCGGAGGCGCUCCGGCACAGAGGUGCUGCUUACUUUGAUACGCCGGAUGGGCAGCCUGGCCACUCUCGAUUCGUCCUGGAAACUCUUGCGAUGCACCUCAAGAGCAUUGAGGGCUCCGUUGCUUCGAGCUGCGGACGGCCAUAUGCAGCUCUUGCACUCACAUUCGCUGCCGUACAGCGUGCAUUCGGGUCAUGGGAGAACGGAGUCGACGCGGGGAUGCCCGACUGGUCGGGGAAAACCAUGAAACCGCUCAUCGAAAGUACGUGGCGUACGAACAUCGCCGGGUUUAUCUCUCGGCCCGACGCAUUCGAUCACAUCUUGGCCGCUGCCACGGAAGCCAUGCAGACCGGCCGAGGGAAGAAGCGAGGAACACACCACAAGAUGCAUCGCAAUCCCAAGAAUGAAGCCGUCUCACUCUUUGAGCCUGCUCCGGCAGCGCGUGACGACUCGGAGCCAGAAGAGGACGACUUCGCUGGAAAUGACGAAUCCCAGGGGGAGAAUGGCGGAUACAACGCGGACAGCGGAACGGAGAGGGCCACCGAUGAUCCGAGGGCGGCGUGCGAUGACGAUUGGGACGAGCAGGCAGAUGACGAAGUUGAGUAUGACGGCGAGGGGCAGCAAGAGGAGGAAGAGUAUGACGGCGAGGCCGAAUACGAAUAUGCGCAAUACGACGACGCCGAGGGAUUCGAUGAUGACAUGUGA